AUGAUCUCAAUCUAUCUUCUUACUCUCUCUUCCUUCCGUCAUUAUUUUUACAUUUUCUUUUGUUUGACUCCCUCUCUUUCUUUUCACUCUUUAUUCUUCUCGCCUAUCUCUUACCCCGUUUUCUCUUUUUAUUCAUUCUCUUCAAUCAUUAACUCUUUCUAUAUACACUUCUCGCGCUCGCGCGCGUGCACACUUCGCUACUUAAACUUUUAUUGUCUUUCGUGCUCGCUUUCACUUCUCAUUCUCUUUUUCUUCUCAUUCACCCUCUUCGUUCUCACUCUCACAUUUUUCUCGCUCUUUCCUCUCGCUCUUUCCAUUUCUAUUUUUAUCCUCUUUAUUUUUCUCACUCUCUAUGUCUUUUUAAUCUCUAAUUAUUCUCUCUCUCUCUCUCUCUUUUCUCACUCUCUGUUCCUUUUUAUUCUCUCAUUCAAUAUCUUCAUCUGCAUUGAUCUUUAUCCUUUUUCUCUCUUUCUGUUUUACAUUUUCUGCAUGACAAAAUUGAUGUCGUUUGCACUAUCAUAUUCAACAUUAUCACACAAGCAUUCUCUCUCUCUCUCUCUCUCUCUCUCUCUCUCUCUCUCUCUAUUGCCCAGUAAUGUGAUCUAUCUAUCUAUCUAUCUAUCUAUCUAUCUAUCUAUCUAUCUAUCUAUCUAUCUAUCUCAGUCUGUUCAUAUCUAUCUAUCUCUCACUCUAUUUAUAUCUAUAGAUAUAAACAGAUCUUCCUAUUGUCUUUUACCUUUAUACAUACAUAUCUAUCUAUCUAUCUAUCUAUCUAUCUAUCUAUCUAUCUAUCUAUCUAUCCCAGUCUGUUCAUAUCUAUCUAUCUAUCUAUCUAUCUAUCUAUCUAUCUAUCUGCCUUAUCAGUCUUUCUUCCACAAUUUUAUUUUGUUUUUUCUUUCAAAAACUUCUCUAACAUUUCACUUUUCUCUUUUUUAUUUUAUUUCAAACCACAGCUUUCUGAUUUUUCUCUUCCCUUCUCUGUCCAUCAUUCUUUUGCUAUUUCUUCCCCGCUCCCUCUUUCUCCCCCCCCCUCUUUCUCCCCGCUCCCUCUUUCUCCCCCGCUCCCUCUUUCUCCCCCGCUCCCUCUUUCUCCCCCGCUCCCUCUCUCUCUCUUUCACUUUCUCUCUCUCUCUCUCUCUUUCAUAG